AAGGAAGCGAGAAUAGCUCUUGGUGGAAAGCGCAUUUUUCCAAGCGCUUGUUCAGUUGUUUCUUGUUGGUCACGCGUGUGUUGUCCUCCGAGGCAUGGCCACGCGCGAAGGGUUCGAGAUUGAGGGGUGUGAUGAGGGGCUGGAACAGGAGGAGGAUGAAAUAGGAACAACAGUUCUGGAAGCCCCUGGCUGCUCCGGGGCGGGCUCCCGCUUGGAGAGGGGAAACCGAUCUGAGUCCAGCGGUGAGGGAAACGAAGAGAUGGAGGACGAAGAGGAGGAGGAAGAAGAAGAGGAGGAGGAGGAGGAAGAAGAAGAAGCUCUAGAAGGGGCCCCCACGGACCCCUUCGGAGGUUUUGGGAUAGAGGAUGGCGAAAUGGACUCGGAUGAGGAUGAGGAGCGCAUGAUUAACCUCUCUGAGCUAACACCAUAUAUAGUAUGUUCUAUUUGCAAGGGGUACUUCAUAGAUGCCACAACCAUCACAGAAUGUCUUCAUACAUUCUGUAAAAGCUGCAUUGUAAGACAUUUUUACUACAGUAACAGAUGUCCAAAGUGCAACAUUGUGGUCCAUCAAACACAACCCCUUUAUAAUAUAAGGUUGGAUCGACAGUUGCAAGACAUAGUGUAUAAGAUAGUCAUCAACUUGGAGGAAAGAGAGAAAAAGCAAAUGCAUGAUUUCUACAGAGAGAGAGGUCUGGAGAUACCUAAACCUGCUGUGCCUCAGCCCAUUGCUGUAGGCAGGGGGAGGCCCCGCAAAGUUGUUGGCUCAGUGUUCCGUAUCCCUCCAGAACUUGACAUAUCACUACUCCUGGAGUUUAUUGGAGCAAAUGAUCUCUCUGGGAAUUUUAAGCCACUGGAAAAGAAGUUUGUACGUGUUUCAGGAGAGGCAACAAUUGGACAUGUGGAAAAAUUCCUUCGAAGAAAGAUGGAUCUUGAUCCCGGCUGUCAGGUAGACAUUAUAUGUGGUGAUCACCUGCUGGAACACUAUCAGACUCUAAGGGAAAUCCGAAGAGCGCUAGGAGAGAGUGCAGUACAGGAUGGCUUACUUGUACUUCACUAUGGCCUCAUUCUUAGCAGAGAUUCCACUCUUUCAAGGAUUUGUUAAAUAUCAUCAGCUGAAGGUCUCAGAAGGAACAAAUCAUUCUCAAUCCUACAGCGCACCAGAGAAAGCCAUCUUCUUUGGAAGGAAUUAAACAAAUGCACCACUGUUCGCUGUACAUAGUAAGUUAGGACCUGACAGUGCUCUUAUAUCAUCAGUACCUAACUAGCUCAGGAAAGACCAGACCUAUCAAUAUGACAGGAUUCAUUUUAAAUGCUAUCUUUGUCUUUCAGUAUUCACAUCUUACUUUCAGGACUUGAGCAUGAGAAACAUAUUUAUCUGAAACAUCUUAAGUAUACAGUGAUAGUGGUGCUCUCAGGGAUGAUCUCCAGUGUGCAGUGAGUGUCUUAUUAGAAAAGACAUGAUGUCUUCUUAGAGACAUGAUGUCUUCUUGAUUGUAUGAUAGUUGACUUGGUUUAGAAAUAGUUGGGGAAAACUUUCAGAUGUAACUCUGGACAAAAUGGAGGAUAACCACCUUUUUAAAAACUACAAGCAUUAUAUUUUAUGUGUUAUUUAAGAAAUAGCAUUAAAAUCUAUAAUGUCUUAUCCUGUUAGUGAAACUUCAAAAAGAAUUAGAUGCAUGUUAACUAUAAAACAGAUAAUUAUUCUUCACCUAGGAUGGAUGUGACAGUAGAUUAUAUAAUCGCUGUAGGGGUGCCCCUGAAGCCCUUUUGGAAGUCAUUAAGCACCUGAUUAUAUUCCUAUCAAAGUCAGUGGCCAGACUUUGUUCUAGGAUAAUUCAUCAGCUGAAUGACAAAUGUCCUUCAGGACCCUUUCUCAGUACCUAUUACUUCUCUCCAAGCACACUUUUAUUUCUGAUUUGCAAUCCCUAACACAUUUGCACUUUCCCCUCACAGCCUCUGUCAUAAUCUCCUCUGAUCAUAGAUGUUUCACUAUACUCUGCUAUUUAUUUCUCUAACUGCCACUUUGGAAUCUUGGUGGAAAAUGGCCUGGGCCUGUGUCUCCUUCCAACCAUGUUUGCUUCAAACAAUGCCCUGUGUUUUCCAGUCAGUAGCAACAAUACGCAUGAACAACAUAGUAGUAGCAUAUAAGCAAUAUAGUAGCAACAUAGGAAUUUCUUUUUUUAUAUUUCCUAUAACACAACCGCAGCUAUGGCCUUAUUUCAAGGAUUUCAAGCAGUUUGAGCCUAUUGCAAUCAGAGUGAUAGGUAGAAAUCACAUUACUGAUAGUUUUUGUACCUAUACGGGAGGUUUUGCUAACAAUUCAUUGUAAUCUUACACUUCAAUAUUCUGUCCUGUUGUAUUACUGCCACUCUAUGGGCCUAAAACACUAGAGAUAUGUCUGAAAUGCUAGCUUUUGAAAAUGCUUUUGCCAGUUUCUGAAAUGCUAGCUUUUAAACCAGACUUUUACUUUUUCAUUGCAAAAAUAAUGCCUUCAUAAAAUUAAGUUUGCUACAAUAUUUUUGGGAUGUGUGGGGGUAUUUCUAAAUAUUUACCUAUUUAUAUUUAAAACAGCCAAUUUAUUUUCAAGAUUUCUGUAAAAAUCAGUCAAAGGAACUAAAAUGAUUUUUGUAAAUAUUUUUGUGCACUAUGUUAAGAAAUUAAAUAUUGUAAGCAUUAAAAUCCUUUU